AUGUUUGGUACUGAAGAAAAUUUGGAAGUUUUAGAGGAGCACUGGCACUGGCACGUAGAUGGAACCUUUAAAGUAGCCCCACAAUUAUUUUUACAAGUAUUUACCAUUCAUGCAUUGGUAGAUAACCGUUCUAUUCCGUUGAUUUACGUGCUUCUACAGGAUAAACGAGAAGAAACAUAUGUUCGAGUGUUUCAAAAAUUGAUGGAGUUGAAACCCACUUUAAAUCCAAUAAGCUGCUUAUCCGACUUCGAGAAAGCGAUCCAAAAUGCAGUUUGCCAGGUAUUUCAUGGUGUUCAGGUGAUGGGUUGUUUAUUCCACUUAGGGCAGUGUUUAUGGAGGAAAAUCCAAGAGCUACAUCUUGUAGAAGAAUAUCGCAAUGACGAAAAUGUGAGAAUGCAUUUGAAAAUGUUACUAGCGUUAUCUUUUAUCCAAGAGGGCGACGUAAUCACUGCUUUUGAGGAGCUAACCGAAAGCUGUCCACGAGAAAUUGAUGCAGUCAUCGAUUACUGGGAAGAUACUUAUAUAGGACGGCAAAGAAGAAAUCGGAGAGCAGAUCCAAAAUUUCCUAUUCAUGUAUGGAAUGUUCAUGAUAGAGUGCACCAGGGCCUUCCGCGUACAAACAACUCUGUAGAAGGAUGGCAUCAUGCUUUCCAACACACCGUUGACUGUCACCAUCCAUGUAUUUUCUAA